AUGAAUAAUCCAUCGCCGUCCAUAAACAGUCUUUUAUUAAAUUUAAAAUCUAUUGUUGAAUUAGUAAUUAACUUUCACGGUGAUUCGCUAUCAAUACAAUACGGUGCAAUAGAAAGAAUCAGAUCAGCUAUACUUUCAAUUCUAUUGCAUGGUUUUAAACAGCAUGGAAAUGAUACAUUUGAACACGUAUGGCAGUUUAUUGUUCGUUUAAAUUCCAAUUCCCAAAAAUAUAUUCGUCUUUUACAAGAUGUUUAUCAUAAAGAAAAUCUUCGAAUAUCAAUCGAACAAUGGGUCGAUCAAUCCCUAUUAACUGAAUGUUUAUCUCAACAAUUAUCCUUUAUUGAGAAUGAUAUUGAUAUACUUGAGCAAUAUUAUUAUUGUAAUGCUUUUUUGCGAUCAUUACCUUUCCAUCAGGCAUUUCUGACUUGUAUCCAUAGUAUAGAGUCGAAUAAUGUAUCAUUAUUGGCUAAUAUUGACCCAAAAUUGUCUGUUGCUGAACCGGAUCCGACGCCAACAGUAGCAAACACUGUUAUAUAUAGAUCAUUUUCAUCUACAAAAGUUGCUACACUAAAUCAAAAUGUGUCUAAAAGGAUUUCAUCUGUUGAUGAAAGUCAAGAAAUACGUCGCUCCACUGUGAGACCAUUUUCUAUUCAGGAAAAUAAUUCACAGAAUCCUUUUCGUUUUCCGUCAACAAUUUCAUCGAAUGAAUUCACAUUAAGUCAAAGUGGCAAUUUUUCGUAUCCGGAUGAUUAUGGAUCUGGCUCGGAUUCACGUACAGGCUCAUUUUUAUCAAUUGAUCGAUCGCUACCAAUAGGAAGCGAUCAUCGGGCAACAUUUAUCGACGAGGAAGAAUAUCAGAUUUAUGAAUUAACACAACUUCCCACCACUAGUGAUCUAACAAAAAGUAUACGAUUACCCUACUCAUCUUUGUUUUGGCCCAGAAAAGGGCAAACAUUAGAUAAUUAUAUACGUGAAUGUGAUUCGAAGACACGAACCGAUGUUGAAAAGGAAAAUGCUCAUUUUUAUUUUAGUGAAGCAAUUAUAUCUGCUAUUGAAUAUAUUAAAUUUAGUGAGCAAUGCAAAAAAUAUUUCGAUUCAUUCGAUCAAAGUGCUGACACAUUAAAUGAUUUUCAAUGGUCAGGUCAACAAUUCAAUGCAAAGGAAGAUCCAUCAGCGGAAGCAAUAGCAUUGAGUAUUAUGGAAGCAUGGAAAAAUCAUAAGAUACCAACAGCUCAUGAGCUGUUUUGGAUGAUUCCUCAUGAAGAAGAAAUAUCAGAAGAGUCAUCUGCACUGGAAGAUAGUAAAAAAUUUGAUAAAAGUGAUGAUUAUGCUCCUAUUGAAGGUAAUCAACGAAUUUUACGACGUGGUAAUAGUCAUUGGGCGCCACCACGUGAACAAUUGAUCUUUCAUAUUCAUCAAUCUGUCAAUCGUGAUAGUCAAUUAGAAAAGCAAAGUUAUUUAUGUGCUGGUUGUGGGCGUUUUGCUGAAAAAGGUUACGCCCACCGAUUUCGACAUUGCGAAUAUACUGGCAAAUAUUUUUGUCGUGGUUGUCAUUGCGACAAAAAAAUCUAUCUACCAUCAUAUAUAAUACAUAAAUGGGAUUUUUCAAAUAAACAUAGUGUAUCGAAUUUUGCUUUCGAUUAUCUGAAUCGAAUAUAUACAGAAGCCAUAUUUAACAUUCAUGAUCUUAAUCCAAAAUUAUAUGAAAAAAGUAAUAAAUUAAAAGUAAUGAAUGAACUUCGUUGGACACUUUUUUUUCUCCGUCGUUACAUAUUAACUUGUCGGUUUGCUAAAGAAAAAGGAUGUCAGAAAACUUUAGAAUCAAUGCCACCCUAUAUCCAUGAACAACCGCAUUUGUAUUCACUAGAAGAUUUAGUGAAAACAAAACUAGGUGAUUUACAUAAUGAACUGGAGCCGAUUGUCACAAGUUUGAAAGAACAUGUUUUAACAUGUGAUCUAUGCUAUGCUAAAGGUUUCAUAUGUGAAAUAUGUAAAAAUGAGAAAAAUAUUGUUUUUGCAUUUAAUAUUAAAACAACGAGCACUUGUUCGGUAUGUCAAUCGUGCUUUCAUAUUCGAUGUUUUGAAAAAAACAAAUACAAUUGUCCAAAAUGUGAACGAAAUAAACAGAGAAAUAGUCUGACUCCAUCGAAUGCCAAUGCUUGA